UUACAAUUUUAAAUUUUAGGAAAAUUUGAAGUAUAUUAAACCAGAUGACAAUUACAGAAACAAAUAAAUUGAUGCAAAAAAUCAUCCAACUGGAAUAUGCGUGAAGCAAUCAGUUUUUAUAUAACAUAAUUAUUCCUUUACAAAAAUAAAAAUUUGGUUUCACGUAGGAAUUAUAAUAUAAAUAGACUAUUUGACCAUUCUAAUUCUUUGCUCAUGCCAUUUCUAUUUUCUCAAACUUCAGCAUUAAUGAAUAAUAUUUUCAAGAAUAACCAUGAGCUUAAAUCACAUUCAAGAAAUUCAGAGCGAUAAGAGGACAUGAACAAUUAAUGCAAAGGUCAUAUAUGAGGGAGUAUAAAGAGAGAAAUGUGACCACAUCAAUUCACAUAAUUCUGGUGGACAAAAAAGGAACAUCUACAAUGGCUUCGAUGGGAAAAUUUACAAAGAAAAAACAUUGCUAUCUGCAAUCUUGAAUAGAGAAUUCAUUUUGUGCUAAAAGUUUCAAAACCAAAAUCAAGCUGGGAGAAAGACAAUGUCUUUGAAGUAGUCAAAAUGAAGGAUAAGUCUUUUGUACAUGAUAGGUUUGGCAUUCUACAUCUCCAAACAAGAUUUGAAUCUUACAGAUUAUCAAUUAAAGAACUAUACUCUUUGUGACCUUGAAGAAAUACUACACGGCAAUGGUAGUUCAAGGAUAAAGCAUAUGUCCUGAAAUUUGCCCGAGUGACAUCAUAGUCAAAGAUGAUCAAAAUAAGCUAAUCAUGGAAGAGCUUAAUUAUGAUAAGGAAUCUUUGAAAGCUGAACUUCAUAAGUUACUCCCAUUGAUGACUGAAGAGCAAACAUUGAUAUACAAUGAUAUUACUAGAGCCAUUGAAAAAGGUACAGGGUGUGUUUAUUUCCCAUACGGAUAGGGUGGGACAGAGAAGACAUUUAUGUGGAAGAUCAUAUGUGCAUGUUUAAGAUCAAAGGGUGAAAUUGUCCUUCCUGUAGCAUCAAGUGGCAUAACAGCAUUAUUACUUCCUAGAGGUAGAACUGCAAAUUUACGAUUUGGGAUACCCAUUAAUGUUAAUGAAGAUUUCAUGUGUAGAGGUAUAGAACCUAAUAGUCAGUUGGCAGAACUCCUUAAAAGAACCAAGCUAAUAAUAAGGGAUGAGGCCCCAAUAACUCACAAGCAUUGUUUUGAAGCUCUAGAUAGGAGUUUCCGUGAUGUCGUUUGUUGUCCAAAUGGUAAGCCAUCUAAAUUGAGCUUCAGCGGCGAAGUUGUAUUUAGUAGUGAUUUUAGGCAAGUUUUAUCGGUGAUACCGAAGGUUACGAGACAAGAUAUAGUAUUUACCGCUCUCAACUAUUCACAUACUUGGAACGACUGCAAGGUAUUACGUCUUACGAAGAACAUGCGACUACGACCGGGAUUGUCUAAUGUAGAAGAACUACGAGAUUUUGCAGAUUGGAUUCUCAGAGUUGGGGAUGGAAAGCUAGGAGGACCUAACGAGGGAGAGGUUACUAUAGGUAUACCUGAAGAUCUAUUAAUAAAAGAGGCAUCUGAUCCAAUAGCUGCAAUUGUUGAUUGUAUAUAUCCUCAAAUUCAAAAGGGGUCAAUUCAUAGUUCUUACUUUCAUGAGCGAGCGAUAUUGGGGCCAACAAAUGAGAUUGUUGACGAAGUAAAUGAACAUAUUUUGUCACUUAUCUCUGGAGAAGAAAGAUUGUACUUGAGUUUGAAUUCAAUAGACAAAUUUGACGGCAACUAGGGAACCAAACGAUAAUUUCUUUUCAAUUGAAUUUCUCAAUUCAAUACGCGCAUUUGGUGUUUCAAACCAUAGGUUACUAUUAAAAGUUGGUGUGUCGAUAAUAUUGCUUAGAAAUAUGGAUCAAUCAGCAAGCUUAUGUAAUGGAACAAGCUUAGUAGUACAUCGUCUUAGUGAUCGAAUCAUACAAGCGACUGUUAUAUAAGGAUCUAACAUUGGUUAUAAGGUAUUCAUUCCCAGGAUUACACUUACACCUUCAAAUAGCUCUAAGAUACCAGUUGCUAUUCAAAGAAGGAAACCGCCCGUUUCUCUUUAUUUUGCGAUGACUAUUAAUAAAAGCCAAGGAUAAACACUAUCCCAUGUUAGUUUGUUCCUACCUAAACCUGUUUUUAGUCAUGGACAAUUUUACGUUGCCGUUUCUAGAGUGACUACCAGGAAAGAACUAAGAAUUCUCAUAUGCGACAAGGAUGGUAAAAUAUGUCAUCGUACUGAGAAUGUAGUAUAUAAAGAGGUGUUUGAAAACUUAUAAACUCUUUAUUAACAACCUAUUUUGUGUUUCUUUAUAUUUAAUUCUUUUUUAAUUACAAAAUACAUAUGUAAAUACUUUAUUACGCACCUUCAUUUAAUAUUUUCAUUCGUCUAAAUUUUUUAUUAAAAUAUUAACAUAUUAAAAAAUCCCUGCAUUGCACGGAUUUCUAUCCUAGUAUACUAAAAGAGAAACCAAAAGAGUAUCUUAUUGACACGUGUUAAACUAUGGUUGAAAAUUUUCCCACCUAAAUGAUCAAGCAAUAAUAGUCAAUUCCAACAUUAAAUUCAAGUAAUAGCAUAAAUUUCAUAUUUAGACAUAUACCAUAAAAUAAUUUAAAUCAAUAUUAUAAAGAUGAUAUAAGAAUAUGAAACGAAAAAUAUCAGCUAAUCAGGUAAGGAAAUAAUGGAAGAAUAUUAAAAUUUGACUUGCAUAUUUUGAAAAAUAGUAGUUAAUAAGAUAAGGAAAAAUAUUAUGUUAAUUAAGGAAAAUAAAGUGCCAAAUAUUCAAGUCUAACCUAUGAAAUUAGUUUCAUUUGACAAAGUUUUAAGAGUUUGUCAUUUGUUAUUUUUCAACUCUUUUAUUAUAUUAUAUGAUAAGUGAUUCAAAUUAAAAAACUGUGUUUUUCAUAUAAAAAAGAAAUGUUGAAUGUUGUCACGGUAUAUAUAUUGUCAUAUUAAAUAAUUUAUAUCUUCGAAAGGUGUUAGAAUUCUCUAUCGUCAUACAUAAGUUUCAUUUAAUUACUCAAUUAGCAAAAUUUUCCUACACUACUACAUCUAUCGAUAAUAUCAUUUGUGAAAUAUCUUCCCUUAUGUCAUCAAUACACAAAACACUAAUUAGUUGAAAAAUUUAAGAUAUUAUAUUAAAUUAGUGUAAAUCUUGAUAGAGCCUUUAAUUCCACAAACUUACUGAUUUACUAGAUCACAUGAAAAAAAUUGUAUCACUAAUACUUUUUUGAUAUAAAGAAAAUACAAUUUUAUUCGACCAUUAAUUUAAGUUUACAUGAAAAAAAAUAACAUUACUUAAAUAUUCAUUAGAUUCUUUAAUUUGACACUAAACUGUGUUAUAAGUUUUUAAAUUAUUGUUGUGUCAAACGAGAAU